AAGGCCUGUGUGCUUGCUGCCUGCCUGGCUGGCUGUUGGCCUUGCCAACUUAUUGUCUCUGUCUCUUUUUGACUGCAGGUGAACACAAGGCCCAAUGACUGUUCCCCCGCCGCCAUCGGCUCUAUGCCCAACAAUAGUCCCAGUCUAAAGAAGUCCUCCGCAGAACUAAAGAAGAUUUUGACUAAUGGACAGAUCAAUGGCCAAGACAUACAAUACCAGGAGCAGCUUGGCCAUGGAAACGGAGGGACCGUGUACAAAGCGUACCAUCUUCUCGGCAACAGAGUGUUGGCGGUGAAGGUCAUUCCUCUGGAUAUCACAGUGGAGCUACAGAAACAGAUCAUGUCUGAGUUGGAGAUCCUCUACAAGUGUGAUUCCUCCUACAUCAUAACCUUCUACAGUGCCUUCUUUGUGGAGAACAGGAUCUCCAUAUGCACAGAGUAUAUGGACGGUGGCUCUCUGGACGUAUACAGGAGGAUCCCAGAACAUGUGUUGGGUAGGAUCUCUGUGGCGGUUGUGAAAGGCCUAACCUAUCUAUGGAGCCUGAAGAUUCUUCACAGAGACGUCAAGCCUUCCAACAUGCUGGUCAACACUAGAGGUCAAGUGAAGCUCUGUGACUUUGGAGUCAGCACGCAGUUGGUGAAUUCCAUCGCCAAGACGUAUGUGGGAACCAACGCCUACAUGGCACCAGAGAGGAUAUCUGGGGAGCAGUAUGGUAUCCAUUCAGACGUCUGGAGCGUGGGCAUCUCCUUCAUGGAGAGUGCAGUGUGCAGUUACAGUCUUGUCUCAUCGCUGCAACUCCCGUAUGGACUCUGGAGAGGCGAAGGUCGAGAGCCGUGCGUCUUCCGUUUCGGAACACAACCCAACCAAACCACACUGCUUCUUGCGCCCGGCCCGCCACAGGAGUCGCUAGAGCGCGAUGGGUCAAGGACAUCCCUGCCGGUCAAACCCUCCCCUAACCCGGACGACGCUGGGCCAAAUGUACGCCACCCCAUGGGUUUCCCGGUCGCGGCCUGGCUGCGACAGAGCCUGGACUCGAACCCAGAAUCUCUAGUGGCACAGCUAGCACUGAGAUGCAGAGCCUCAGACCACAGCUAG